AUGAUUUCCUUUUCGUUUAGUUUCUCCACCUGCAACCAUAAUAAUAAUAACAGUAAUAAUAAUAAUAAUAGUAGUAGUAGUAGAUCUACGAAAGAAAGUAGUUUAAUCAAUGAUAGUCCCUCUCGUCCACAGGGAACAGGGUCUCUCGCCCGCAUACAAGAACGUCCUUCUGUAGAUGAAGUAUGGCCAGAAGUAGAGGCGUAUCUCAUGCAUGCCGCUCAUGUUAUCCGUACAGGCAAUGCAGAGAUGAAGGAACGUUUGCAGAAUGUUAGAACUCGUAUGAGUUGGUAUGCGGUGAUUUACUCUACAUGUAGUGGUAAUCCAAAGAGUGCACUUGAGAUGUAUCGUCGUUUGGUACUCUUUUUAAUAAAUGAUUUGGAGGUUAAUGUACUUCGUCCAUUUUUACGCAAAGACUUUCAUUUACAUUCCUCUUCUUCAACUUCUUCUUCUUCAUCUUCUUCAUCAUCUGGAAGUAUUUGUCAGCAAUUUGUUUUACAAUAUAAACUGUUUAUGAACUUCCGUCGGGUGGUACUCUCUUGUUUUGGUUAUCUUGAUCAAUACUAUACAACCAAGUUCUCUCUUGAUGAGGUGACGGUGUUGUGUGUAAAGGUAUUCUACGUGGUGGUGUAUAAACCUAUUCGAGAAAUGUUAGUAGAGGGAAUGCUGGCCGUAGCCCAUCAAGCACGAGUGGCUUAUCAAAAUAAUCAUUUCAUUUCCUCACCGGCAAGUGUGGAGGUGCAAAAAACACUUGCCGCUAUUACAGAGAUUGUGAGUACUGUAAAGAAAUACUCCACCGCACGGGAUAUAAAUAUACGAAGAGGUGCUGGAACUGCAACUAGUAAUAAUGGAAUGGAAAUAGGAAUAGGAGGAACUGCUGGUGUUGGUAGUAGUAGUGGUAGUGGAAAGAAUACGCUCUAUCGUAUUAUUGCGGAAGUGGAGAAAUUGCAGAAGUCACUUGGAAUAAAUGGAAAAACUAAGAAAUAUACAAGGGAUGUAUCACCUCUCUCCGUCUUUGCAAGUGGUGAUAGUAAUCAUAAUAGUAAUAAUAGUAAUAGUAGUGGUAGUGGUAGUGAUAGUAACAAUGGUUCUCCAACACGAGAAAAAGAGGCAGUGGAUUUUACUUCAUUAGAUAAUAUUCGUAUUUUGCGUGAAAAACUAGAGAACCGCACUAUUGCGGAUGUUAUUACAGGCCAGCUGAUCAUAGGUAGUAGUAGUAAUAAUAGCAAUAGUAGUAGUGGUAAUAGUAAUAGUUUUAAUUAUCCUCCUUUCACUACUAUGAGUGCUAAUCAUAAUACGCAUAAUAAUCAUAAUAAUACUACUGCUACUAUUAUUGGUAAUAAUAAUUAUUAUAAUUAUAAUAGUAAUAGUAGUAGUGGUAGUGGUCGUGGACGUGGAUCCAAUGCAAAAUCUGGAGUGGAUUUAGCUCAAGUCGUUAUUGUAAAUGCCAUUCAUCCAUUAUAUCUUCUUAUCUUUGCAGACUUUGGGAUUCCGUAUAUAUUAGCAGCAGAGGCCUAUUAUCGUGAUCAGCGAACCUUACAUCUCGCCCAACCUUCAAAACGUUGGCAUUACAUGUCGUGGGUACAGGAAUGUUUUGAAUUUGAACAUUAUAUGGUACGAGAUGUUAUGUCAACAAACUUCCAUGCGGUAUUGCGUGAACAACUUCAAUAUAUAUUAUUAGUAGAAGUGCAUAGACUUGUGAUAUUAGAUGAGAACUUUGGUUUUCGAGCACAGUUAGAUACAUGGAGUGGACGAAAUGGAGGAAUUGUGUCUAUGGACACAGUUCAGUAUACUUCUACCACUCCUACAAAUACUCUAAACUCUACAGAUACUGUAGUUUCUACUAAUAAUACUACUACUAUUCCAACAGUAAUGAGUAUACCAAGUUCUUCUUCUGUGAAAUCAUGGGAACAACUCUCAGAUGAUGAACUUUUACGAAAUAUGCAUACCUUCGUUAUGGCUUUUAUUAAUACGCAGGAUGAAUCCUCUUGGGAGUUACUUGCUAGUGAAUUUGCUAGUAAGAUAAUAACAGAAACAGCUGGGUUUUUUGAUAAUUAUAUGACCCUUAAAGAAGCAAUACCGAAAGAAAAACAACGAUCCUCUCCUUCUACUACUACUACUACUACUACUGCUGCUGCUGCUGAGUCCACUCAUUCCAUUCAUUUGGAUGUUAAUGCUCUUAAUAACAUGAGAUCCACAUUAACGACUACUCCUGUUAAACAACAACAACAACAGCAGCAGCAGCGUAGUAGUAGUAAUAAUAUGAUUAAUAAUAAUAAUGAAAAUAAUAAUAAUAAUAAUAAUAAUAGAGAUACUACUACAGUUGUUCAUAUGAGAAGAAGAACAGGAGACCCCGCAGCAGCAGCAUCAGUAUCAUCAUCAUCAUCAUCCACACAAGAUCCAGCUAUGGGAUUAAUUGUUAAACUUGUAGAGGCGACGAUAAAAUAUAGUAAUCUCCUUCGAAAACAAUUUGAUAAUUAUUUACCAUUGCAAUCCGCAAUGCGGGAUGCUUUUCAUGAAAUUAUAAAUCCAGAGCAAUGGGGUCAACUUGGUGGACGUGUGUCCUUACGUGGUUCCGCCGCUGUUGCGACAUCUGAACUUCCAAGUGUUUUACUUAAUCACGAUGCCGCAAAGAAGACAGUUGCGGUGUUAAAUAAAUUAUCCACUCUGCGUGGAGAUGAGGAGAUCCCAACCGCACAGUUUCUUGCCAAUUACUGUGAUUAUCUCUGUAGACGUGAAAUGAAUAAUGGGGAUGUGGAGAGUCAAGAUGUAAUAGCACGAAUGGAUGCUGUAGCUUAUCUUGUUAGUCUUAUUGAUGAUAAAGAUAUCUUUCUUGAACAUUAUAAACUUCAAUUGGCUCAUCGUCUUCUUCUUUUACAUUCACCAAUGGUAUCCUCUUUAUCAAGAUUGGAAACAGGAAUGGGCAGUACAGGUUUAUCCACUCAUCUUAACAUGGAUGGAGAACGUUUACUACUUCGUAAAUUACAACAAGUACUUGGACGCACCUUAACGUAUAGUUUAGAGGCGAUGUUGAGGGAUUAUGAAUCCACAUUAAAUGGUGGGGAUUUAUUUCAUAGAAUAGUGGAGGAAAAAGAAUUAUUAUUACCAGCAGACAUACAAGUACGGGUUCUCACUGCUGUUCAUUGGCCUACAUACCGUGUAAUCCCUCUUAUUCCAUGUACUUCCUUAGCUGUUGGAAUGGAAGCAUAUACAGAAUUUUAUAAAAACUUACAUCCAUCCCGUUCUUUACAUUGGAUUCAUACAUUGGGUUCCGCUACUCUACAUGCGGUGUUUCCACGUGGGACAAAAGAGAUAGUGGCUAAUACAAUGCAAUCGCAUAUUCUUAUUUUAGUGAGUAAUGCCUAUAAUGCUGGAAGGAGUCUUGAUAAGGUUAAAAAAGAAGAAGAUCCUGUUCUUCCUUCUACCACUACUUCUACUACUACUACUACUACUAUUACUACUAUUCCAAGUAGUAGUAAGGAUGAGAGUAUGGGUAUUAUGGAAGAUAAAGAUAAUAAUACUAAUGAUAAUGAUUGCAGUGUGGAUAAAAUGAUCAACACGCCUCGACGUUCUAUUUCCGGUCAAGAUAUCGCCACUGCAAUGGGAAUGGAUUUCAAGAGUAUUCGUGUACAUCUCGCUCCUCUUGUACAUCAUAAGGUCUAUAAUUUACUCACUCGGGUAAAACCAUCAAAUCGAAUGGAUUCUACUACUACUACUACCACUACUACUACUACUAAUACUACUACUAAUACUAUUCCUUUUUCCUCUACUUCUUUCCAUAUUUCUGUUGGAAUGGAUGUACCGUUAUCUCCAGAGGAUGAAUUCACGCUUAACGUUGAUUACAUGCAUAAACUUCGCAAAUUUAAACUUCCUGUAGCGCGUGUGUUUCCAGUUCAUACAGCAGGUGGAAAAGGACGUGCUUGUGGAGAUGAUGACAAUAAUGACGGUACCUCUUCUCUCUCUUCAGCUAUUGAAGAUACACGUAGAUUACAGAUUGAUGCCGCCAUUAUUCGUAUUAUGAAGAGUCGACGUUCAUUACGAUAUUAUGAGUUAUUCGAUGCGACGGUUCAACAAUUAUCGAAACUCUUCACUCCUCGUGCACGGUCUGUGAAGACACAAGUGGAAGAUCUCGUUGGACGCGGAUUUAUUCAGCGAAAUGAGACAGAUGCCACCGUCUUUGAAUAUAUUGCGUGA